CCCUGGGCGCCGCCGUAGGCCGGGCCGCACCGGCGCGUUGGCGCUGGGCCGGCGGUUUGGCGGGCGUGCUGGUUCCGGGCGGAGGGCGCGGGGCUCCGGGGCUCGGGGCGCGCCCCGCCGCUCCGGGCAGGCGCGCCUAUGGUGUUUCUCGGGUGACGCCGCCCACAGCGACUCUCUCCGGGGGCGGAGGAAACACCUAUGAACCCUUCGGCGACCUUCCUGGUCGGGCGCCCGAACAUCGGGUCAGAAGUUGAGGUUUCCACUAUUGAGAAACAACGAAAAGAGCUGCAGCUGCUCAUCGGGGAGUUAAAAGAUCGAGACAAAGAGCUCAAUGAUAUGGUUGCAGUGCAUCAGAGACAACUGCUUUCCUGGGAGGAGGAUCGGCAGAAAGUCUUAACUCUGGAGGAGCGGUGCAGCAAAUUAGAAGGUGAACUUCACAAAAGAACUGAUAUAAUCAGGUCACUCACCAAGAAGGUCAAAUCCCUGGAAUCGAAUCAGAUUGAAUGCCAAGCGGCUCUCCAGAAGACUCAGCUGCAGCUGCAGGAGAUGGCGCAGAAGGCGACCCACUCCUCUCUCCUCUCUGAAGACCUGGAGGCUAGAAACGAGAAUCUCAGCAACACGUUAGUGGAACUUUCUGCUCAAGUGGGACAACUGCAAGCUCGGGAACAGGCUCUCACCACGAUGAUUAAACUGAAGGACAAAGAUAUCAUUGAGGCAGUGAACCACAUCUCAGACUGUUCGGGUAAAUUUAAAUUGUUAGAGCAUGCCUUGCGGGAUGCUAAGAUGGUGGAGACGUGUAUCGCAAAAGAAAAGCAAGAUUAUAAGCAGAAAUUGAAGAUUCUUAAAGUGGAAGUCAGUAAACUAAAAGAUGACCUGAAUGAAAAAACAACAGAAAAUAAUGAACAACGAGAAGAGAUCAUUCGCCUCAAGCAAGAGAAAAGUUGUCUGCAGGAUGAACUGGUUUUCAGUGCAGAGAGAGAAAAAAGGAAAGAUGAGUUACUUGAUAUUGCCAAGUCAAAGCAAGAGCGCACGAACGCAGAGCUGCGCAACCUGAGGCAGAUUUACGUAAAACAACAGAGUGAUCUUCAGUUUCUGAAUUUCAAUGUGGAAAAUUCUCAGGAAUUGAUACAGAUAUACGACUCAAAGAUGGAAGGACCAAAGACCCUAGAAUUCAGCAGAGACAUGUGUUUAUCAGACCUUGAAAUUGUCCACCCAAAAGUUGAUCUGAAGAGGGACAGAAACCAGAAGCCACUGAUGAAGGAACAAAAAUUUGAGAGCAUGUUGAUCCAGCAAACCCAGUCAGACAAGAACACUUGUGACGUAUGCAAAGAGAAGAAACAGUUCGACAGCGCUUCCGGGGAGAAAAGUGUAGCUGCUGUCUCAUCUCUGCUCACGAAAGACUUGGUGGAGAAGCCAAAGGCAUGCUGUCUGGGAGGCAGAGUCCAGAGCGAGCCUGAAAACAGAAGCACGUUGUGUGCGGCCCACGCCCAGGCCCUCCUUGGCCCUGGUGCAGGGCUCUCGAGCCAGGAGAAGCCACCCUGGGAGCCACUGUCAGCGGGGCAGCACUGGCACGACGUCAACGUGUACCUGGGCCUGGCCGACUGCUCGGCCUCCAAGCAGCCGGAGAGGCCACCAGAUGGGGUGUGCCGCAACCCCGGGGAGGGGGCUGGCGUCUGCUGCAGCCCCGGGGGCGCCUGUGCGGGGGCGAGGGAGGCCUGCGAGGCCCACUGCUGCCACCCCAGGAACAUCGUCAUCGAGGCCCCGGGCCACAUGUCGGACGUGGAGUGGAUGAGCAUCUUCAAGCCCUCGAAAGCGCAGAGGAUCGUCCGCCACAAAUCCCUGUGCACUUGUUCUGGAAGCGGCGUCGGGACGAAAUACGACAACUGCACAAGCGAGCUCACUCCCGUCCCGCAUGGCCUGGCUGGGGGCUCUUCACAGCUGGCCUCCAGAGGGGACGAGAAACCUGGCGACGCAGAGGCGGCUUGUGAGGCGGCUUGUGAUGGAAGCAGUUCCCCGAAGCUUCUGCCCACCGCCAGCCCGGACACUGCCGUGCCCUGCGGAAAGGAUGACUUUUCCCCCACCAGUAAGCUCCAGCGGCUGCUGGCCGAGUCUCGGCAGAUGGUCACGAAUCUGGAGCUCAGCACCCUGCUCCCCGUCAGCGCUGAGCGUCUCGGCAGCACUGCCCAGAAGAAUGUCGACGUCUCAGAAGAGGCAGCUCCAAAAAGUCCCUUUCUCUGUGACUGAAGAAGACAGGACUCAGCUCAAGACACCGUGGUCAGGGAAGCCGGUUCUCAUCUGUGUGGAAGACAAGAAGCAGACAUCAAUACCUCAGACUUAACCUUGAAAACAAAGGGGCUCAUUCCCGUGGGGAGCGGAAACAAAGUUGAUUUUCCAAUGCCUAUAUUCUGUUUUCCAGUGAACCAUUUUCACAUGCAAGAAAUGUUUAUUGUGCGUAAGAAUUAGACCUUGAAUUUUAUACAUAUGAACUUGCAAUUAUGCUGAGAGGGAGAAGACGCGGCCGCAAAGCUGGAGACCAUGGUCAGCCCUGGGCUGGAGGCACUCCACGAGGGGCGUGUGGAUUGGAGAACCCCUGUAUGUAAAAUGCUAUUUUAACUACCUGAUAUUUUUAAACCGGUGAAUACAUUUAAAUUAUAACCAUUA